AUGGUUGAUAUGGAGAGAACAGAAAUGGAGAAGUCAGAUUCAUGUGGGCAGGACAAUACUAAUAAUCCAGAAAGUUCUAUAUGGCUGGUAGAAAAUCUUGAAGAGAUGGACCAGAGCAUUAAGCAAAUGCUGAAGCUGAUCAAAGAAGAUGGUGAUUCUUUGCCAAAAACUGUUGAACAUUAUAGUCAGGGGAAGCCAGAGUUGAUUGAGGAAUUUUACCGGAUGUAUCGAUCACUGGCUGGGUGCUACGAUCACUUGACAAAAGAAGCACAUAAGAUUAUGCCAUCUGUGAUUCCAGUGCAGGGAUUCAGAGAUUCUGAAUCCGGUUUUGACCAUGGCUCUCCUCUUAUGACUCCUGAUGCAAAGCUGAGUUUGCACAAAUCCGCCCGUCAAGUGGUUGAUUUAGAUAUAUCACCAAGCUCAGACGGUUCUAGCCCUGCUCUUUCUCUAAAGAAUGGCACUGAAUCAUCUUCCUCAUCAUCGUCAGGAUCCGAGUCAGAAUCUCUUAACUCCCCUGUCAGCAAUUACUUGGUUCCACCUCUGAAAGUUCAUUUCGACAGCCAGGGAUGGCAGCAGAAGAUUACUGUGCUAGAAACUGAACUUUCAAGCGUGAAAGAGAAGCUGCAGAUGAGGGAGGCUGAUCUUGAACUUGAGCAAACACAGGUAUUGAAGCUGCAAAAACAGAUAGCUGAGUUGGAGAGUCGUGCAUCAGACAGAGAAAAUGAGAUUGCGAGAUUGGUUGCAGAUUUGGAAGUAACUAAAGAAAGGCUUAAGGGGUCAGACGAGGAGAUUGUGAAGUUGAAGCAUGAACUCACACAUAGACUGUCUGAAGAGGCUCAUCAAAUGCAAGGUCAGCUUCAGGUGGUUCAGGAAGAUAUAGCCAUGUUGGAAUCUCAACUUCACUGGGAGAGGAAGCAUGUUUUGGAGUUGCAGGAGAAGAUUGUGAGGUACAGUGCUGAUAUAUUUGGGCGUGAUCUUGAGGUGAUGGAAUUGAAGAGUGCAUUGCAUGAUGCCCAGGAACAAUUUUCUCUUGAGAAAGCAGACCUGCAAGCUGAUAUUUCAAGUUUGACAGAGAAGCAAACCAUUUUGGACACAAGAAUUGAAGAAGGGAGUUUGAGAAACAAGAACUUAGAAGAUGAAAUAAGGCGAUGCGAAACUGAUAAGAUGGAAAUGGAAAGGAUGCAUGUUGCCCAAGAGAUGGCUUUGCAAGAUGAAAUAAGUGGGCUGAAGGUAGAAGUUGCUGCGAGAAAUGGACACGUGGAAGCUGUGAAUAAAGACUUUGACAGGUUUAAACUGAAGUAUGACAUGCUAAUGGCAGAGAAAGAUGAGCUCAAUGCUAAGGUUCACACGGUUACAGCGAAUCUGAGUUCCCGUGACAAUCAAAUCCAGGAAAUGGAGGGACAUCUACGCCGGUUGAAUGCAGAACACGAGGAUAUGAUUGCUGGAUAUGAAAGUGCACAUAGACUAGUAGAUGAAUUGAAAUUGAGAGUGGAGGAGUUGCAGAAAGAGGUGGAUAGUCAGAGAGUUGCGAUCUCAGAUGGGGCUGAGCAGAAACGAGAAGCGAUACGACAGCUUUGCUUCUCACUGGAGCACUAUAGGAGUGGAUACAAAGAACUUCGUCAAGCAUUUCUUGGGCACAGGAGGCAAGCAGUUGCAGCUGCAUAAAAUCAGUUUCUUCAUCUAUUAAAAUGUUGUCAAAGUAUGUUUUCUGAGUCUCACUUUGUCUCUUGCAUGAUGUGUUUGUGUUUCUUAUGUUUGAACUUUUGUUCCAACUCUGAGAGACUAUUAGACAUUAUUGUAUCUUGUUUAGGGUCAUGGUCAGUUAAUUUUGAUAAUUUAAAGACCAACAAUGGCAUGUACAAUUUUAUAUACAUAUUCGGAUUUGAAAAA